GGGGUGUUGAAGCUUUGACCACUGCUUCUUUCCACUUUUUUCCCUCACCCCACCCAUUUCCAUUCUAAUAAUAUUCCCCUCUCUCUCUCUCUCUCUCUCUCUCUCUUCUCACUCUCUCAAAAAUCCCCACCCUUUCCCUUCCCAUCAUCAUCUGCUUCCACUUUGACUAGUUUUAGGGCUCCUCCCUUCAGAUCGAAUCGCAUCUCUCCCAACGCAACAAAUUCUUCAGUUCCGGCAGGCAGUUGAUUCACCCGAGGCUUGCCAAGACAAGAUCGCAACUCUGCUAAGGUUUCUUUCCAGCAACAAGUACUAAAACCUGAUCCAACACAAACUUUCAAACGUAAGAUGGGCUGUUUCCCCGUUUUGAAGAAUAAAAAGAAAAAAUCUGAGCAGACUUCUUAUGUCAGACGAGUCAAUCCUCAAGAACAUUCGCCAACCACAUUGCCUGAACCACACGUCCAAACACGCGCAUUGCAGUCUGCGCCGCCAAGUUUUAGGACCAGAGUGAAAUCUGCGCAUCCAGUAAGCAAAGCGAUAAACAGUCGAACAAGGGCAUUGUCUGCCCCAUCGAGUCUCGAUGUAGCAGAACAAGAUGCUCUUUCAUCUAUGGAAUGUGAGGAACAGGAAGAGUCCAAAAGCCGAAUUGGGUCAAUGAAGGAGUACCCGUCUGCAAGUCCUCAGCCUCUUCCCCUUCCAUCCCCUCAGAUUCAGAGUUCUACUGUUUUGAAGGCGAUGGGGAGCUUUAAAACAGUGAUGUCUUCUGGUCCUCUAAAUGCUUCUGGACCACUGCCACUGCCUCCUGGUCAUUCGGGUCUACUCCGGAACUUUUCAUUCGAUAAAAUUGCAGCAGCCUGCCUAAAUUUCUCUCCAGAAAGAUGUAUGUCAGAAGGUCUUUCUUCCGUUAUGUACAGGGCUUCCUUCGGGGAUGAUUCUUCUGGCUCCAAAAAACUUGAAGCCACUGUUACUCGACUUCACCCUUCAACCCAGGGUUUGAAGGAAUUUGUGAAUGAGGUGAACACUCUUGCAUCUUUACAACAUCCUAACCUCUGUAAGUUGAUUGGUUUCCAUGCACGUGAGGGAUCAGAACAAAGGAUGUUGGUUUAUGAGAGGCUUUACCAUGGAAGCCUAGACCGGCUUUUGUAUGGGAGAUCAGAUGGCCCCCCUAUCGAUUGGAAUGCCCGAAUGAAGGUUGCUUUAUGUGCUGCACAAGGUCUCACUUUCUUACAUGAGGAAGGGCCUUUCCAGGCGAUGUUCAAUGGAUUUUCAACUGCUAAUAUACAGAUCGACAAGGACUUUAGUGCGAAGCUUUCGGGAUAUGGUUGCAUUAACCACAUUCCAGAGACAGAGAUCUCAAACAGUUCACUUGCAUUGGCAAACCUUUCUGUGGAAACGCUGGAGAGAGGGCUCGUCACCCCAAAGAGCAAUGCUUGGAGUUUUGGUAUUGUAUUACUUGAGUUGCUUACAGGCAGGAAGAAUCUUGAUAGCCGGCAUCCUAAGGAAGAGAGGAAUUUAGUUAAGUGGAGCCGACCUUUCUUGACCGAUGAUUGUAGACUGUCACUGAUCAUGGACCCUCAGUUGAAAGGCCGGUUUCCUGCCAAAGCAGCUCGGACAGUAGCUGAUAUAGCUCAAAGAUGUCUUCAGAAUGAUCCAUCAGAGAGGCCCACCAUGCGAAUUGUUGUGGAGCAUAUGAAAUCCAUACAAGACGUGAAAUAUUCAUGCCGGUUUCCAUUGCAAGAUCCAGGAACCAUUUCUGGAAAACACAUGUCUAGAUCUCCAAGCUUGAAUGGCAUUGUCACCCCAGCUCCCAGGUCGAGUUUCUCACCAUCUCCUCCAACAACCAGACUGUCAAUUUCUCCAACUAGGCCACCUGCAGUUCCAAUGUCGCUUACUCCAGCAACUUGUUCCUCCAUUCUCUCUUUGGAGGGCAUCGACCUGCAGGGCAGCCGGAAAUCUUCGUCAACAGUUCCAAGGGCAAGUGUCGAAGGAUUUUAAUUGUUGAUAGAGCACAUUCUUUCUUCUUCUUCUUCUUCUUCUUCUUCUUCUUUCUGGGUUUCUUGGUUGAUUUUACAGUAGAUUUUACAGUAUAAGAUAAGCAGGUGGUUUUUCUACCUUUCCAUUGCUUGAAGAUAACUACUCAAUUGGGGGGGUUGAUAUUUUGUAGAUGGCCUGCCCUUCCUGAGUUUGAUUAGUUAUCCCCCAGGCGAGAAUGAUGCUGGGAGAUUCUUCUCCUUGCGUUUUAUUUUUUUUAUUUUGUAUUUAUUGUAUCUUUUCCAGCUGAUAUUUUUAAUUCCUAUAUAUUUGUCAUCAUAUAAUGUAAUUUUGAUCCAUCAUUUGCUAA